AGCCCAUUAAGGCUCAGGAUAAUCCAAUUGUAUAGAUAAACUAGGGAUUUGCAGGUGGAUCUAUCUAUCGAACCAGUUAACGGGCAACAAGAGUUGAAGAAGAACAAGGUUCUUGUGGGGGAGUUGAACAAUAUACAUCUGAUUUUCAUAAACUGCACUAAAUACAUUAGCACUAGUGACGAAAAACAGUUUGAAGACGCUAACUUGAAAAAAAAACUCAAACCUUUUCUAACUCUGUUCAAGAAAGGGGUUAAAAUCAAGGACUAAUUCAACUUAAUGAUUGACAGAUAUAUUGUGAAGAUCGUUACCCAAUCAAUAUCGAAAUCCACUUAACUAAAUCGGUAAUUGCGGUUAUGUUGAAAGAUAAGUGGGAAGAGAAACAUGGUAUUAACUUACCCGCUCAUACAUCUUGCUCAAACAAUAUCGUACGUCAAGCUCUUCAAGGAUUAUCUGAUAAGGAUCAUGUUCCCGGGUCAUCAAGCAAGAUAAAUGUAGCAACAUUGACUUCUUCCGGGUCCAACUUGCAUCAGUUUGGUCAAGAAACUCGUGCCGGACAAUCUAUGGUUGAUUCUAAUCUGCAACAGUUGAUAACGUUUCUUUCCGCCAGUUACGGGCCGUCGAAAACGCCACUUGAAAUGGGGACUCCUGAAUAUUCGAAACUUGUUGAGAUCUUAAAACACGGUUCUGUUAACGGUGGAGGGUCUUAUGUGGAAAAGUUGUCAGGUGGUUUAAAAGAAACGGGUUCGUAUUCAAACGAUGGAGGGAUAAAUAAUGUUCGAAAUCUAGAAACGGCUUCUUUGACGGGAGAUAAAUCAUCUACCGGUAGAAAUAAUCAAGAGAAAAUAAGUUGUCCUGAAAAGACUGCUGAACAACUGUGGGAAGGGUCUCUUCAACUAAGUUCUUCUGUCACUUUAUCGGCCGUUGCCUUCUUUAAAAGUGGUGAGAAAUUGGCUGGUAACAACUGGCCAGAAUUCAUAGAAGUUAAAGGAAAAGUAAGAUUAGAGGCUUUUGAAAAAUACGUUCAAGAUCUUCCUCGCUCCCGGAAUCGCGGAUUAAUGGUUACCUCGAUAUGCUGGAACGAGGGAUCAUCUAACAUUGGGCUAAACGGCAUGAAAGAGGUAGCCAAAGGAUACAAGAAAAGUUCCAAGGUCGGGUUUGCGCAACUUUUGUCGGGUAUCGAUCUUUACAUAUGUCCACGUAGCGAUCCCAUAAUAACAAUCUUGGCAAAAUAUGGUUUCUUUAAAGGGAUGUCGGUUAUUAAUGACAAACCAGAUUCAAUGAUUGGUUGUGUUGUAUGGCGUAAAAACCGACCUUCAAAUCCUGUCGGGAAUUUACCGGAUGGUAAAAGCAGCCCGAGUUUAACCCAGCCUCCGAAUUCACCACCCGGGUUUUCGUCAAAAGAUUCAAAACAAAACGCCGAGAAGAAACCGUCACCUGAAAAGGCGGAAUCUAGUCAACGUGACGAGCCUUUGACUUUAUCUAGUGCUGAGGUGGACCCUUGUGAUUUGGUGUUAAAGAAAAGACCUUUUGAAGAUGAUGAUCUUCCUGAGUUUGACUUUGGUGUUGACUCUAGAAAGUCAACUUUAGUAAACAAGUCUGGAAAUUCUCCUAAAAAGUUGGAUAGUGUUAAAGAAAGGAACGACAGUAAUAACGGUUUGUUACAGCCGUCGUUAAAAAAGACCAAACUGUUUGAUGACGAUGAUAUGCCUGAAUGGCGGCCACCGGAGCUUCACAACCCACUACCGCCACAAAUUACGGCUUCAAAUUUCCAGAAUUUACCUGUAUACCCUCCGUGUCCGCCUCCACCUCCACCGCCUACUACUCCACCACCGCCACGAGCUGACACCUGUUCAUCAUUCUCGUACCUACCAUUCCAACCUCCAGUUAGCUCUCAGCCACCCAUAUUUGUGAGACCACCACCACCACUACAGCCGCUACCACCACCACCGCCACCACCACUACAGCCGCUACCACCACCACCACCACGACCACCACUACAGCCGCUACCACCACCACCACCACUGCAGCCGCUACCUCCAACAUCACGACCACCACUGCAGCCGCUACCUCCACCACCACGACCACCUUUAGGCAGGUUCAGUUCCAACCAAGUUUUGUGGCGUCAACCGUCAUUUGCGUCUUCGAAUGGAAGACGUCAGCUUUGAAACGAGGAUCAUGUCAAAGUUUGUAUAUAAAUCUGUUUUUUUUAAGGAAAUAGUAAGGUGUUUUGAAUCAUUUCAUGUAGUUAUAUUUUCAUCAA